AGGUGGCAAACGAUUUUCCAAAUUCAAUAAUUGUCGGUAUAAGUGAUCCAUCAUGCAAGUUUCCUUUAACAUAUAAACUACCUUCUAAUGUGGGGUUUAUAGAGUGUAACUUGUUAAGUGGAAUUCCAUUUCCGGAUGAGACAUUUGAUUAUGUCCAUAUAUCAACGAUGUGGGCGUCACUUACUAAACAACAAUACUCAAGUAUUAUUUACGAAACAGUGCGUGUGACGAAACACGAUAGAUGGAUUGAGAUUCAAGAGCCUGAUUUGGAAUACAUAAAUUUAGGAAAUUCUAUGAAACUGGUUCAGGAUGCUGUGCACGCAAAAUUAAAAGAAGAUGGAUUUGAUCCCAAAAUAGCCUUAAGGAUACCUGAAUGUUUUGAAUCAAUUAAUGGGGUGGGUAAUGUUGAACGUAGUGAAGUAUCUUCCCCAAUCGGUAAUUGGUCAGGAAGUUUUGGCAACCUUACAUUGGAACAAAUAAAACAGUUUUAUGGUGCUUUGACUUAUAUGCCAGAUUAUAUGAAAAUAUCUCCAAAAGAAUAUCAACAAUUAUUCGAUGAUUUUGAUAAAGAAUGUAAUCAAAAUAAAACAUAUGGAAAAUGGCAAAUGCUUGGCACAGGAACAGCCUGUCGUAAAAUUUUAUCCUUGUAG